AUGCCUCGCUUUAAUAGCCCUGUCGAUAAUGCUCAGUUAUUCUAUCGCGACUACAAACCGGUAACCACGAGCACUAUCGAUUCCCAGAGCGUGAGCCCAUCCAACCCAGCUAUUCUUUUCAUCCAUGGAUGGCCAUACUCCUCAUUGAUGUGGGACGACAUCGCCGUUCCCUUGUGUAAGUUCCAUAAUUUUCGAUGCAUCGCGCCGGACCGGCGUGGAUUCGGAAAAAGCGACUGGAAUGGUCCCCGAAGUGAUGGCAACAUCACCUACAAUACCUUCGCUCAAGACACGAAUUAUCUCGUUGAGGACGUCCUUAAUCUUGGGCCGUUUGUGGUUGUUGCACUGAGCAUGGGCCCCGGCGAAAGCAUACUGGCUUUUGACGCGAAUGAAUACUUCCGACAGAAUUGCAAGGGAUUCGUGUGGGUUGCAUCAGAUUUCUCCGGCAACUCCCGGAAGACGGACAAAGAAUUGGCAGAGCAUGAGGCCGUUUGGAAAUCGAUUCUCGAUGGCCUUGCUACCUCCCGCGCCGAAUACACACAUUCUGCAUUACCAGGUGUGAUUGUUGGGAGCUCACAAUACCACUUGGCCCCUGAGACCCUAGCACACUAUGAGCGAAUUGUCUCAGAUGCCGAUGCGUUAGCGAUUCAAGGCUGCGCCCGCGCUAUAAGACUAGUCGACUUCUCAGAAAAAUUGCGUCGGAUUGGAAAAGAUUAUUCGACACCGAUCCUCUGCAUCCAUGGCGACUCUGAUACCGGUUCUCCAUAUGAGACCACUGCGAAGGUGAUGAAAGAGAUCGUUCCGAGAGCCCGGGUGAAGAUAUACGAGCAGGGCGCCCAUGCACUUCAAGUCACACAUAGGGAGCAAUUGGUGGAAGAUAUCUUGGAAUUUGUUCGAAAUCUGUCUUCCUGUUAG